AUCAGUUGUUUUUUAGUCGCUCUGAAGAAAAGACAUGGCGCUGAGUCCGUAUAAAUUAGACACGAAUAUAUUUAUAGAAACCAAUGUACAGUCGAUCGACUAUGAUGGGGUUAUACUCAUUCUCUAUCCAGAAGAAAAGAACGUACCUCUCUCAAGAGACAUCGGAAGUUAUGUCAAAGAAAUAACGAAACUAGACAGACACGUAUAUAAAGAAUGUACUCUUUGGAACUGUGAGCAUGUUAGUGGUAAAAGACUUAUAAUGGCACCGACCGGAAAGAUCACACCAUAUCAUGAUGUAAGAGUUGUGAAAGAAGCAGCAAAGAAAGGAGUUUUGAGGGCAUUGGGCGCUGGUAUCAAGAAACCUUUACUGAUCAUACCUUUCUGUGUAGACUACCCUGAUGGACAAUUAGUAUCUAUCCUUGGCGCUUUUGAAGCUUUAUAUCAACCUCUACAUGUAGUUGAACGCGGAGGAACGAAUAACUUCUACAAGAUCGGGUUCCAUGCUGAAGAGAAAAACACGGAAGCUUUUAAAAAGGUUGUGAACAAUGCUAUUGCUUUGGAAACGGCUAGGAUUGUCGCUAGAGACAUCGCUGGAGGGGAUCCUGAAAGAAUGUCACCAGUAAAAGUAGUAGAUUAUGUAAGGAAGUCUUUUGAUGGAUGCAGUAACGUAGUUUUAACUGCUUUUGAUGAUGAGAAAUAUAUUGCAGAAGAAUUUCCGCUUUUAGCGGCCGUCUCUAGAGCUUCCAGUCGCGUAGAAAGGCAUAAGCCUUGUGUGCUACAAAUUGUAUAUACUCCUUCAAAUGAAGCGAGGGUUACUGAAACUAUAAUGUUGGUUGGCAAAGGCGUUACAUAUGACACGGGCGGCGCUGAUGUUAAGAUAUCAGGAAAAAUGGCUGGAAUGUCUAGAGACAAGAGUGGGGCAGCAUCUGUCGCUGGAUUCCUAAAAGCCUGCUCCAUACUUAAACCAACACAUCUCAAGGUUAUCGGAGUACUCUGUCUCUGUAGGAACUCUAUAGGAGCAGACUCUUACGUAGCUGAUGAGUUACUAGUCUCCAGAAGUGGUAAAACUGUUAGAGUGACGAACACAGACGCUGAAGGACGAUUCGCGAUGGCUGACGCGCUUUUCAAGCUGGGAGAAGUCGCUAAUAAGCAUAUAAAUCCACAUAUUUAUACUAUAGCUACUUUGACUGGGCAUGCUAGAGCUUGCUACGGAGGGUAUGUAGCAGCAAUGGAUAAUUUCGCUGCUAGAGCUACAAAUCAUUCUAACCGUCUUCAGUUUAGCGGUACCAGGGUCGCUGAAGGCAUAGAAGUGUCUGUGAUUAGACCAGAAGAUCUGACAGUCAAUGAUGGUAAAUGCAAAGGUGAUGAUCUGAUUCAAGUGGAUAUGGAUACGAAGGCUCGUCACCAUCAGCUCGCGGCCGGGUUCCUGAUUAAAGUGGGGGGUCUGGAAGAUAGGAAUGUGAAGUAUACUCAUUUAGAUAUAGCUGGAGCUGCCGGGUCACCUCCUGAUGAGCCUACGGCGGUGCCUAUUCUGACUUUGUGUCAUUUGCACAAAGUUACUACUCUGUAAGGUUUUGAAAAUUGUGAAUUUCGACAGCUCUUUUGUUCAAAAGAUGGUUCUGGUGAUUUAUUGUAUUCAACUAAAGUAUAAGGAAGGCGGCUGCCGGGUCGUACAAAGCAAAAAAAACAUAUACUUGACUAAAUAU